AUGUCUCUUCCAUUAAUCGAGGUAUUUGUCAUUCUUAGAAUUGCUAACGAUGAUACUCAAGAAGAUUUAGUUUAUAUGUCAAGAAGUGUAAAAGAUACUGGUUUGGAAGUUUUAUGUGACUUUCAUGAUUCCAUGAAAAGUGAUGAAGCAAAAGAAAUGUACGAACGUUUCUUGAAAAAAAUGAAAAAAAAAAAUAUGUUGAAGAUCGAAUUAAAGAUGGCAAUGAUGAAUGUUAUAACAUUGGAAUUAGGAUUCACGUAA